AUGCUUAGCAGUCUAAUAAAACGCAAUGUUCCAAAGAGGCUCUUCUCCAUUUCCAGGGCCCAUAAUGAUCUAUUCGGCGGGGGCAAAACCAUAAACCAGGGCAAGCACAUGAUGGCUCCAGGCAAUAAGCUGGAGGCCGUGGGAAACCCGGUUGAUCUCAUCAAGAAAAACGACAUUCUCAUGUACUCACAGAAGCCGAUCAACUACAUCGAGUCAGUCAAACCCAACGGGUUCCACUUGGCGAACAACAUGCUCAUCACGUCCCCCAGCGAAAAAGGCGAUGUAAUAGGCGCCUUGCUCUUGGAGUCUGAGAGCUUCGAGGUCAAUUUUUCCAACGGCGGAUACAAGAUGGUGAACGGGUUCAUCGUGGAGUUCAGCGAGGAGCUUAUUCUCAGCUUAUUCUGCAAAGUGCAUCCCAAGCCCGAGAUCUUGGUUGUGGGGCUUGGCAAGAAGUCUCGUAUGCUCCUGGAAAAAAACAGGCAGUUCUUGUCUGGCUUGGGCAUCCAGCUAGAGUUGGGCGAACUGAGGCACGCGGCAAGGAUCUACGACUUGCUCGCCACCGAGAGACCGGGCGUGAUCUCUGCGUUGCUUUUGCCGCCAAACGCAUAG